GUUUCAAACCAAUAUUAUUAUUAUUAUUAUUAUUAAUUUUCUUUAUUGUAAAAUUUUGAAGAUAGAAAGAAAGAAAGAAAAAAAAAAUCAAGUCCUUGCAAAUCUCAUGAACUGUGGAGUCGUGUUGGGUUUCUAUUGUUGGGGUUGGGAGUUCUUAACUGCCCUUCUUCUCUUCUCUUCUUCUUCUUCUUCUUCUUCUCUAAUUCAUUAUUAUUAAUCCAUCUAAUUAAUUACAUCCUAUAUCUUCUUUCUUUUAAUUUCUAGGGCUAUAUAUAAUAAUAUAUAUACAUAUAAUGGAUCAUCAUAAUAAUGAUCAUGUAUUGAUUAGUGAUCAAAAGGGUUUGUUGGAAUACAUGAGAAAGUCAAGUCCACCACCAUUUUUGCUCAAAACAUACAUGUUGGUAGAAGAUCCCGCCACCGAUGAGGUCAUCUCGUGGAACGCGCAAGGCACCGCCUUCGUGGUUUGGCAACCGGCCGAGUUCGCCAGAGAUCUUCUUCCUACUCUCUUCAAGCAUAGCAAUUUCUCUAGCUUUGUCAGACAACUCAACACUUAUGGUUUCCGAAAAGUUGCAACAAACCGUUGGGAGUUUUGCAAUGACAAGUUUCGAAAAGGCGAAAAAGACCACUUAUGUGAGAUCCGUAGAAGGAAAGCAUGGGCCAAUAAUAACAACAAGCAACAAUCAACAACAACUGCGGCCACAGCAACAAUCGAGGAGGAGGGGUCAGUGGCCGCAGCUGUAGGAGGAAGAGGAGGACAUGUAGUAGUAGUGGAGUCUGAUGAAGACCAAAGGUCUUCAUCAACUUCUUCAUCUUCCGAAUUAUUCACCACUCUAGUUGAUGAGAACAAGAGGCUUAAGAAGGAAAAUGGGGUUUUGAGCUUUGAGCUAAGAAACAUGAAGAAUAAGUGUAGAGAAUUACUUGAUUUGGUGGCUAAAUAUGAGAAUGAUCAUGAUGAUCAAAGGCCUAAGUUGUUUGGGGUUAGAUUGGAAGUUGAAGGAGAGGUGGAAAAGAAGAGAAAAAGAGCUCAAGUACUUAGUGAAAGUGCAAGUAUUUUAUUGUCUCAAACAUGCAAAUAAUAAUAAAAUAAUAAUAUAUAAUAAAUAAGUAAGUAAGAAAAAAAAAAGUUAGUUAUAUGAUCAAAUUAGAAAUUAAUUAAUAUGGUUAUAUUAUAUUAUGUAUACGUAAGAAGUGUUGAUUAAUUAAUCUCUCUAUCAUGUGUUGUAAUAAUUAGUUACUUAGAUAUAGAAGAGUUAUUACGUAUGGUGUUUUCUUAGCUAUGUACAAUGACUGAAUUGAAAGAACAGUUCAGAUAUUAUAUAAAUUUAUAUAAAUAUAUAUAUAUGUACAAUAUUUGUUCAUUGAAAAAGAGUGACAAAAUGGGAACAAUCCCAUUUGAAUUUCUUU